CUGCCUGUUUACCUCCACCCUUAUCUCCGUCGCUGUUUCCCCCCUUAUCUCUUGAAGUGACUAACCCACGAGACCAGGAGACAAGAAGAGAGAGCAGAGCCAGGUCAGGGGAAACGAAUGUCCGCGAGGCCGAGACUUCCUCAGGUAGUUUGCCCGGCACCGCCGGAGGCAGCCUUGAAGGGAGCCGGACCCUGCUGCACGGGAGAGUGGGCCUUGUGUCCAGAGCUCCACGCGCUGAUUGGUUGUUCGGCCGCGGCCAGGGAAGAACCCGGAUGUGCCUGGGUAGCCGUGUUGGCAGUGCGGGCUGUGAGGUGUGGGUGUUCUGGGGGUGCCUGCGAGGAUGGCGCAGGGUUGGGCUGGCUUCUCUGAGGAGGAGCUGAGGCGACUAAAGCAGACUAAAGAUCCAUUUGGACCACAGCGGCGUCUCCCUGUGAAGAAAAGUCGACAACAACUUCAUCGAGAAAAAGCGCUUCAGGAGCAAAGCCAAAAACUUGGACUUCAAGAUGGAUCAACUUCAUUACCUCCAGAGCAGCUGCUUUCUGCGCCAAAACAGAAAUUUAAUACUCAAAAACCACAUUCUCCCCCUACUCCUCCUAGUGCUCUUACACUCACCUCUCCUGUUGGGGAUGGAAAACCACAGGGUACUGAAAGUCAACCAGGGGAGCUGGGACUCGAGAAUUCCCAUGAUGGUCACAAAAAUGCUGAGGUUCUGCCUCCAAAGCCAGAUUGCAAAUUGGAGAAAAAGAAAGUGGAAUUGCAAGAAAAGUCUCGUUGGGAAGUUCUUCAACGAGAACAACGGCUAAUGGAAGAGAAAAAUAAACGUAAGAAAGCUCUUUUGGCUAAAGCUAUUGCAGAAAGAUCUAAAAGAACUCAGGCAGAGACCAUGAAACUAAAGCGGAUCCAGAAGGAGUUGCAGGCUUUAGAUGACAUGGUGUCAGCUGACAUUGGCAUCCUCAGGAACCGGAUUGAUCAGGCCAGCCUCGACUAUUCAUACGCUCAGAAACGGUUUGACAGGGCUGAAGCCGAGUAUGUUACAGCAAAGCUUGAUCUACAGCGUAAGACUGAGAUUAAAGAGCAACUCACUGAACACCUUUGUACGAUCAUACAGCAAAAUGAGCUCCGCAAGGCCAAGAAGUUGGAGGAGUUGAUGCAACAACUAGACGUACAAGCUGAUGAGGAGACUUUGGAGCUUGAGGUGGAGGUGGAGAAAUUGCUGCACGAACAAGAAGCAGAAGCAAGGAAACAAAUGGUUCAUUUAGAGAGGCCACUUCAGUCUUCUGGGGAAAGUGUGACAUUAGGAUUUGCUAAAGAGAACAAAAAGCGUCCGGAACAAGCUGCUUCCCCAAAGGUAGAUGAACAAUGUGAAAAGUCCAAUAGCAUUCCCGUUCUUAAUCCAGACUGCCCAAAUCAAGAAGUUGAAACUACUGUAAAUGACAUUUCAGCUGCUCUGACCACGUGACGUGCCAGUGUUUGUUCUUUUCAACUAAUAAGGUAUUCGGUAAAGUAAACUUUCUGUUGUAGAUUAUGCCAUGACCUCUGAUAAUAAAUGCCUCUUUAAAACAGCAUUAAUUUUUGAAUUCAUGAUUAGUUUAGUAUAACAUGUUUGACCCUUCUAAAGUCUCAAAUUAUGAUAAUUUUAUAUAUAAGGGCAAAGUACACCUUGACUUUGGUCCAGUUCAUUCCGUGUACCUUUAUUACUGACGUAAACAAGUAACUGAAGAAAAACUACGUGGCUAAGAGUAUUUUUAGACAGACAAACAGAAAAGUAAAAUGAAAAUGAUACUCAAUACCUAAUCGGACUCAUUUAACUUCUCCUGGGAGAAGUAUUGAGAUUGAGAGUACUGUUUUAUGUGAUCAGUAAAGGGCCUCAAAAAUUAACAUGGAAAAGAGACAGAACAAGAAAUAACUAACAAAAGUAGUAGGUUGAAUUAUCUAUUUGGAUCUUACUAAAAUUACAAAACACAACUUGGAAAUUGCAGUUCAUGUAAAGAAAGAGACAACUUAAGCCGACAUUACUUUUGUCUUCAGUUUGCCUUUUAAAUGGCUUUAGUUUACAACCUGAAUUUUGGUUAGUUGAUACACACACAUACUAUUUUACUGUUAAUAUAUUGUCUUUAAUCAGCACAUUGAUUAAAUUUAGACAAUGAAAACAUUUUUAGAGUGAGGCUGAAAAUAAUAUAGAAAACCUUAUUGCUAUUUUUGAUUAUCAAAAAAAUUGAUAUAUUUUUUUCUAAAGUUAUUGUAAGUAUGUGUUUUCUAUGUUGGAUAUAAAUUAUCCUGUCAUAAGGCAUUUAAAUUGUUAAAAUGAUGAUUUUCUUAUUACUUUAAUAGUUUGUUAAUUACCAUCACUCAUACUUGACCGCUACAUUGUGCUAUAUGUGAAUAUGUAAAUAAAUAUUGUAGUUUUGUCACAAAAUCUGUGACUAUUACAUUAAAUUAUGAUCUAUUUCUCAGGAAUUCCGGAAGUACAAAUAUUGCAUUUUAAGUCUUAAAAAAAGAACUAUAAAAGAGGAUAAGGACAAAUGUAAUUUUGUAUUCAUAAUAGUUUCUGAAAAAGUUGGGAACAUCCUAUUUUUAAAUGAGUUUGUUUGAGGGUAUUAUCUUCUAGUGAUGUGGAUGAGCUUUGUAUUUUUGUAUUAUAUCAUUUGAGUUGAGAUUAUAGCUUUCCAUUACUGACUUCUCUAAACAGAGGCAUUUAUGUAGAUAGUCAUGUAUUUAUUUAUGAAUGUCAUACAUAAAAAUUGAAAGCUUCAGUGUCCAAAACGCUCAUUUUUCUAAGGAAUAAACAAGUCUAAUGCA